AUGAAAACCAUGCGGCCAGGGGAAACCAACAAACGAGGGAAUGUGGUGACCGCACGAAUCGUCCCAGUCUUCCUCCUCGGGAUCAUUGGGUACACGUCAUGGGUGCUCACGGAUCUCGUGUGCGUCAAGUACCUCAUCCAUCCCGAACAGUCGCUGCUUGUACGCCGUGAGACCGGCUCUGCGAUCGCCAUCCUCGUUAUAUUCUACCUUCUCUUGCUUGUCGCGCUGGCAUGCUUCGGCCGCCUGAUUCAGACGAUCUUGACGAACCCAGGCCUCGUUCCGCGUGGCGAGCAGUACUGGAUUGAAAAAGAACGAAGACGGCGGAAAGAGAAGAGUGCACCCCAUAAGGAAGAGGCACUUGAAUAUGAUUCAACCGAGGGAUAUACGCCCCGGCACCUCCGCCGACAGCAGGAUAAGGAGGCUCAGGGCUUCCGCGCUCAAGACUUCUGGCACAGGGACGUCUUCGUCUGCGGCUGGGACGGCCGCCCGCCGUUCUGCUCGACAUGCUACAACUACAAGCCCGACCGGGCACAUCACUGUAGCGAACUCGGCCGCUGCGUGCUGAAGAUGGACCACUUCUGCCCCUGGGUUGGCGGAAUCGUGUCUGAAACUUCGUUCAAGUACUUUAUACAAUUCACAUUCUGGGCAGCCUUGCUUUGUCUGCACACACUCGUUGUCAUGGCGUAUUAUUUCGCCAGACGCCGAAGUGAGGGGCCCGGAAACUUCGUCAACGUGCAUUGGAUCCUUACCCUGAUCUUUGCGGGAUUGUUUUUCAUCUUUGCUGGAGGCAUGUGUGGGUCUAGUCUGCAGUUCGCGUUCCUCAAUUCCACCACCAUUGAGAAUUUCACCCGCAAGACCAAAAUCUGGUAUCUGGCGGUAUAUUUACCGCCCAGAAUCCUAGACAAUUGUCAGAAAUCGAACAGGACGGAUCUGAGGAUGAUUACAUACCCGCGCCCUCCAGAAGAGCAGUUCGAAAUUCUCAAGCAGCACGGCGCAAAUACAGGGGAACCUGAGCAGAAGGUUGCGGUGCAGGCUGGGAAUGCGAAUGCGUCAGCUCCAACGCCGCCACAAAGAACCUAUGAUCCGCAGUCGACCACGACAUCCUCCCCUGUUCCUGCCGCGCCUUUACAAGAGGCACCAAACACCCCUCCCUCCACAUCAGAGUCGCAGCCGACCAUUUCGGUACCCGCGAUGCCUUCCAAAGUGGAGACACGUGUAUUCGCCAUCCUCGAAUCUCCACCUGGCGGUAAUCCUUUCGACAUUGGUGCAUGGGGAAACUUCAGAGAAGUCAUGGGGUAUACAGUGUUUGAUUGGUUUUUCCCACUGAGGUCAAGUCCCCUUACCGAUCAUAGUGAUCCAGAGAGUAUGUACAAGGUAGGCUCUGUGGUAAAGAGGAUGAAGCGAAAGGCGGGAAUCGAAGAUGGAGAGGCUGACCUGGAACAUGGAGGCGAAGGUGCAGAUACGACUGGCGAAAAGAGAAAAAGAAAGACCAGAGGAUUAGAGAGUGGAAGUAGGCAAGAGCGCAGGAAGACUACGAAACGCAGGCAUUCACACUCGGCCUCGGAUGGAGGAUCGCAGGUCAAUCACUAA